GGCGUGUCUUCACCAGGUUACGGCAUGGACCAGUGUUGCUGCCGCCGCGUUUAGUCGCAGCAUCUCUUGCUUCUAGUUUUUUCUUUCUACCGCUGGACUGCCCUCGGAAAUCGCAGGUUAUGCCACCGCAAGGGCUUCCUGGAUCCCCAGCCGUGAAAGAGAAGGGCUGAUCCCUGUCCUCCCCCAGGACCAUUCGUCCAGUCACAUCCCUCCCCACAGCAGCUCCAUACCCAGCCUCUCUGCUUAGUUUCACUCCAGCCACACCAGCCGUCUUCUCUGCAGGCGCCUGCCCUUGUCAUUGAACUACUCUUCACCCACUGGCUGUACGCCAGGCCCCAUGGCUACAGGAGGUCAUGCCCCAGAGAUAGAUGUGUUGAUCAACCUACAACAGGUGAAGGUGGAUGAGGAAGAUGAGGAAGGAUCGGUGGAGGAACUGGAGGAAGAAGAGGAGGAGGAGAACUGGGAGAAAGCACUGUCUGUGGAGCGCUUCGCAGACAUCAUCAGUGACUCUGCUUCCACCAGCGGAGACAGGAUGGGCCGACACUACACUGAGAAAGAUUUUGAAUAUCACAGACACACAUUUCACCAUACGCACCACCCCUUAUCCACCCACCUGCCCCUGCCCCAGCGAUUACGCAAGAGGGUGCACAGCACGGACAGAAGGCGCAAAAAGAAACGGAAGAAAAAAAAGACCUCUCUCCCCCCCUCCGAUGUAACACCGACCAUCCAAGAGGUAGACGAGGAAGAGGCCGAGUCUGAGACAGAUGGACAGGGAGUGGCUGUCACGCCCACAGAGCUACCUGAUAUCCCACCACAGUUUAGUUUGGGGAGCAAAGAGGACUUGGAGGAACCCCUUCCACCUGCUACCUUCCACGCGGAAAACGAAGAACUCCCACUGUCGAGGAAAGUCGCAUCUACUCUGAUAAAGGGGGAGGCUCCUAAUGGGGGAAUUGCCAUUCUUGGACAGAAUGAGGAGGUGCAUGGAGAGGAAGCAGCUUGCAACAGCGUUCCCCGAGGAUCAGACCCCUCGAGUUCAACCACGACCCGCGGCUGGUUCCGUAGGAAGCCCGUCCACCAUCGUCUGGCGGGUGCCCAGCGGAGCAACUAUGACUUGCGGGAGCGGAUCUGCAUCGGCAGCAUGACUGCUCUGGAGACAGCCGUCUACCAGCAGGUGCCCACUGAUGAGGCUGAGGCUCAGAUGUUGGCAAGCGCCGACCUGGAUGACAUGAAAAGUCACAGAUUUGAGGACAACCCUGGGGUGAGACGCCACCUGGUGAAGAAGUCGUCACGAUGUCAGGUGACCCGAGCCAGCAACAGUUCCACACCACUAAGCAGCCUGAAGAAGAAGAAGAGAGCAGCAGAUAAGAAAACCCAUGAGUUGUUUGUGGAGCUGAACGAGCUGAUUGUGGAGAAGGACCAUGAAAUGCGUUGGAAGGAGCGGGCCCGCUGGAUCAAGUUUGAGGAGGAUGUGGAGGAGGAGACAGACCGCUGGGGCAAACCUCAUGUGGCUUCACUCUCAUUCCGCAGCUUGCUGGAGCUUCGCCGCACCAUCACACAGGGUGCCAUCCUUCUGGACCUCGAGCAGAACUCUCUGCCUGGAAUCGCCCAUCUGGUGGUGGAGACGAUGAUCAUCUCUGAUCAGAUCAGGGCUGAGGACAGACCCAGUGUGCUACGGGCUCUGCUUCUCAAACACAGCCAUCCAAGUGAUCUGAAACAUCGUUUUCACCGCCACCACUCAUCCAGCAGUCUUCAUGGUAGCUUCAAUCACAACAAUGUCCAGGACACCAGUCUACCACUGGUGGCUGAAGAGCAGGAGGAGCACCAUGAUAAUAAAGGGCCGGUAUACGACCCAAAACAAGACGUGUUUGUCAGCCUGUUUAAAUCUCUCCACCCUCUGCCUCCUGAGAGCCAUCCAGCUGCAGCCAGAUCGAUGAAACUUCUCGCCAAGAUUCCCAAAGAUGCUGAAGCUGUCAUUGUUUUAGUUGGCUGUGUUGAGUUUCUGGAGCAGCCAGCCAUGGCCUUUGUCAGGUUGAACGAGGCAGUCCUUCUGGAGUCCGUACUGGAGGUCCCUGUCCCUGUUCGCUUUCUUUUCGUCCUGCUUGGUCCCAGUCAGUCCAACGUUGACUAUCAUGAGAUUGGACGCUCCUUUUCCACUCUCAUGUCUGACAAGAACUUCCACGAGGUGGCCUAUUUUGCUGACGACAGACAGGACCUCCUGAAUGGUAUCAAUGAAUUCUUGGACUGCAGCAUUGUCAUUCCACCCUCAGAUGUGGAGGGCAAAGACCUCCUGAAGACAGUGGCCGACUUCCAGAAGCAGAUGCUGCGCAAGAGGAAGGAGAGAGAACUCAAGAGGCACCACUCCUCAUCUGGAAUGGAGCUGAACAACAAAGAGGUGAGUCCAGAAGAGGAGGAGGAGGAAGACCAGGAGGUGGACCCAUUAAAGCGCUCAGGGAUCCCUUUCGGAGGCCUGAUCCACGACAUACGCCGCCGCUACCCACAAUAUGUCAGCGACUUAAAAGAUGCUGUGGACAUGCAGUGCAUUGCCGCCGUCAUCUUCAUCUACUUUGCUGCACUGUCGCCCACUAUUACCUUUGGAGGCCUGCUGGGAGAAAAAACAGAGGGCAUGAUGGGAGUGACUGAGCUUAUUGUGUCAACUGCAACUCUUGGAGUUAUAUUCUCACUGCUUGCUGGUCAGCCCCUCCUCAUCAUCGGCUUCUCAGGACCGUUACUGGUGUUUGAAGAAGCCUACUACAAGUUCUGUCAGGCCCACAACUUUGAGUACCUGACUGGUCGUGUUUGGAUUGGCUUCUGGCUCAUCUUCAUUGUCCUGGUGAUUGUGGCAGCAGAGGGCAGCUUCCUCGUUCGCUACAUCUCACCCUUUACCCAGGAGAUUUUUGCUUUCCUCAUCUCCCUCAUCUUCAUCUACGAGACUUUCUCUAAGCUCUUCAAGGUGUUUAGGGAACAUCCGCUGAUGGCAAUGUACCCAAGUGACACCCCUCCAGCUACUGGGCUUCACGAAGUUGAUAUUCCCGUCUUCAACCAGCCCAACACUGCUCUCCUGUCUCUGGUCCUCAUGAUGGGCACUUUCUUUGUUGCUUUCUUCCUCAGGAAAUUCCGAAACAGUCGAUUUUUAGGUGGCAAGGCCAGAAGAAUCAUUGGUGACUUUGGCAUCCCCAUCUCAAUUUUAGUUUCAGUGUUGGUGGAUUACUCCAUUACUGACACUUACACGCAGAAACUCAAUGUACCAUCUGGAUUCUCAGUCACCUCCCCCGACAAGAGAGGGUGGUUCAUCAGCCCCUUUGGUGACAAGCAUCCCUUUCCCACCUGGAUGAUGGGAGCGUCUAUUGUACCUGCCAUUCUUGUCUUCAUCCUCAUCUUCAUGGAAACUCAGAUCACUUCAUUGAUAGUCAGUAAGAAGGAGCGUCGCCUGGUUAAAGGCUCUGGCUUCCACCUGGAUCUUCUGCUCAUCGUCAUUCUGGGUGCCAUCUGUCCUCUUUUCGGCCUGCCGUGGCUCACCGCUGCCACUGUGCGCUCCGUCACUCAUGUCAACGCCCUCACCGUCAUGAGCAAAGCCACUGCGCCCGGCGAAAAGCCCAUGAUCCAGGAGGUGAAGGAACAGAGGCUGACUGGGCUUCUUGUAGCUAUUCUUGUAGGUAUGUCCAUAGUGAUGACGGACGUGCUCCGCCUCAUCCCCCUGGCUGUGCUCUUCGGCAUCUUCCUGUACAUGGGGGUCACCUCUCUGACGGGCAUCCAACUGUAUGAACGCAUCACACUUAUGGUCACGCCCGCUAAGCAUCACCCUGACCACAUCUACGUCACCAAGGUGAAGACAUGGCGUAUGAACAUGUUCACCAUCAUCCAACUGUUGUGCAUCGUGGCUCUGUGGGUAGUGAAGUCUACCGUGGCCUCCCUGGCGUUCCCCUUCGUCCUCAUCAUGACGGUGCCGCUGCGCCGUCUCAUCCUCUCCAGGAUUUUCGAGGAACGUGAGCUCCAGGCGCUGGAUUGCGAUGAGGAUUCCCCCAACUUUGAUGAAGAUGGACGAGAUGAGUACAACGAGAUCCACAUGCUUGUAUAGAUUGAAAUUGGACCCAGCCAGUAGAAUUCCUCCGCCCUCCAGCUCCGACCAAUCAGAGCAAGCCUCUUUGGAAACCUCAGUGUCUCUGGGUAGCGUUGACAAAGUGAGAGGAGCUACCGUAAUGGUGUAUGUAAAAAUAUCUAAAGGCUAGAACUGGAUGAUCUCUUCUUACCUUUGUUUAUUCCAGUUUUAUAAAAGAGCACACCUGAUGUUAGAUCUCUGUGGUGGUGGUGGUGGUGGUGGUGUUGUGUUAAACUCCCUGAGUCCAGAAAAGAGCUCUGAGCACCCUACCUGAAGUGGACGAUGCAAAUCUAGCAAAAAACAUGAACACUUUAUCCAACUUUUUUUCCUAUCAAUCCCUUUAAUUACUCUGCAGGUUCUGGGCAUAAGUGCAAUGAUGAUGGUGACCUCUGGGACUACAGUGGGUGGGAUUAUUUAGAUUUAUUUUUGUCCCGAAAGUGGGAAAAAGGGUCAAUUUGCUUUCAUUUCAUUUCAUUCAGGAAGUGGAUUUUCAUCAAAAUUCAUUAUUGUUCUUGUGAAUUGACCCUAAAUCUCAAAGCCCUGAAUUCCACUGCCUGUGAAGUUUAGCUGCCUUUUUUCCUUUAUACUACUGCCAUUGCCUAUAGGUUGCAAUGAUGUGCAAACAAGGAGUUAAGUAGUCCCUUUCCUUUCUGUACAGUCUUUUAGUAAUGAGCACUUUGACUGGGCAAAAGUUCACUUUUGUCGCUGCCAACCGAGCUCCCUGGCACAAAGCCUCCUCUCUAAAUGUAGUCUCCCCUUGAAGCCAAAAUUUCUGCAGAGACUGUGCGAGCCUCUUCAAGGGGUGUUACUGUACUUUGUUAGGUGUUUAAUGCCCAACAUACCAGUUCACUGACCCUGUUAUUGUGACCUUGGAUGUAUAAGUAAAUAGCUAACAUGGUCUCAACCUUAUUUUUCUACUGUGUUGUAUCUGUUUAUUUUGUGACCUUUGGACUUAAUGCCAUGCCAGAUUCUCAGUGAUGUUGAAAUAGCUCAAACUGUUAAAAGAGUUAAUAUAUAAUAAAAAGAAACAUUGUGUAGGUUGACACAUUCAGCCAUCAUUCACCCGUUCUUUCAUCUUCUCUGCAAUAUUUCCACGGCGUGGUGCAUUUUUCAGAGAUGUCAUGAAUAAUAUAAUAACACACUCGACUGGAAAAGCAUAGAAACUAAGCAAACACACAGGGACUGAAAAUGCUGGGGAACACUUGAGUGUUGGCAGGGUGUAUGAAUGAUGCAUUGUACAGUUAGACUGUGAGCUUGGAAUUAUAAUAUACCAUCUGUGCUCAGAGUUGUUUUGCAGAGAUUUAGUUUUACGUCCUAUAUUGCGAGCCCACUAUAGAAUUGUAAUCAUUAGGUCAUGACACCUGUAAUCAGAAUCCUUAUGUCUGCCACACAGAAACACCAGUUGUUAAAGCUACUGUACAUAGAAAUGGCACAAAGAGAUUUAAUUAUCCUGUAACAAGUUGUGCACAGAUUUCUGAUUUAGGAAGAAGAGGAAGAAAUUGAUGUGAUUUUAAGAAAAGGUCAAUGAGUUAGACUCUACUCUGACAAACCCUCCACUCAUACUUCAUUUUGGAAUAUUCUGUCAAUGUUGUUGUAGAAAUGACAUUGUCUUGACAGUUUCUCGGAAAUGUGCUAGAAGGAUUAGCCCAUUUAACAUAGAGGAAGGUUUCUGCACAUGGUCACUAUUCCUAAAAUUCAAUACUUAGUCUAUAAACUUUUGGAGUGAAUAGAAUGCAGACUCCUUCCUCCUUCUGUCCUUACACCUUUGGUUUCUACCCCAGUGUUCACCUCUGCACUGUAUCUGCUGCAAAGGAUAAAGAAAGUCAAAGUGGAAUCAGUAAAGAGACUUUGUGUGGCAGCUUAGGAGGUUUCUGUAAAUAACUAUUAAAUAUGAUAAAAUAGAAAAAAAGUCAUUAUGUUUUCAUGUAUUUACCUGACAAUAAUGAUUACUGCUGCAGGCAUACAAUCAAUUAAAAAAAUCCCAAAGUGCUGAAAAGUGACACACAGAUUAUGACUUUUUAAAAGUACAUUAAAAGACAUUUAAAGGUCAGCAGUGUAGAGUAGUUUUUGUAUGCUAACCACAAGAAUUAGUAUAUCUCAUUUCACGUAACCGUGUCCUACAUUACGAGCCAUGCAAGAAUUCUGUCUCAGGGGAAACUGACCUUCGAUCUGUAAAUAUCACUUCCCAGCCUUUUAGUUUGCUGUCUCUUGUGUGUACAUAAAGCGGUCAAGGCAAUCCAACACUUGUGAUGUAAGCGAAGGGCAAGCAAAGAGAAUAAUGUGUUUACUCCAGUGACGUGACAAGGAGUUAUAACUGAAUUAAUCCUCCAUUGUUCUCUUUAGGCCUACACGUGAAGCUUCACUUUGAUGUGAAGCGUUUACCUGGUGUAGUACGUGUUUAAUUCUGCAGCUCCCCAAGUUAAUGAGUUACUGAGUGUGCUUUACAUUAAGACUCUAUAGCAGUUUAAUUUAACGUAGGCUUAAUGGACCUUUUCAACCACAUGUUUAUGUUUUAGGGUUUACAAAGACUGGACAGGCAAACUGAGAGCUAAGACACUGAUAAGUUAUCUCCGUUAUACUCUAUUAUACGUGGCCCCACUGUGUUUGUGACAUUAUUGAAUGUAAAUGUUUGGCUGCCUAUAUUUUCAGGCACAUGAUUUCGCUUGUCAGAUUAAGCAAAACUGAUUCCACUUUAUGGAGGCUCAUUGACGACAAAGCUAUUGAGCGACCAUGAAGAAAUUUUAGUUGAGCACACAAGAAGCAUUAUAUGUUAGAUGUAAGCAAGCAGGGCUCUCGUCAUAAUUGUAAGAAUUUUUAGGUUUAGCCAACCUCCCACUUCCAUAAGCAAAUUUAUAAACUGGAAAAAAAAAAACUUAAAUUGUAUUAAUAUUAAAAUGUUUUCCAUGUUUAAUUCAAUAACAGUUUUAUUGUUGCACAGAGUAUCCCUACAUGCUUGUCCAAGAACUCUCUCCCCUCUGUCAGGAAUUAAUGUCUAGUUGGGAAAAUUAUUUUUUCCGUUUUAUAUUGAGUCAUUUUUCUUGGUCUGGAUAUAAUCAGAUUUAAAUUUGAACCAUGCUUUAAAUGUUACUACAGUUCAGAUCCCAAAAUACAGAAGACAUGACCUCUGUACUUAGCUACAGCCCUAAAAGCUAGCAGUAAGGCUUCCUUUGCGUUCUGUCUUCAAAGUCACUUGCUAUGUGUUUUGGCACUAUAUAUUUGUUUCAUGUGAACUCCAACUGAAAACAGAACAGUCUGUUAGAGUUGACCUGGAGUAUCAUCUGGUCAGAAGAUUUUAAUUGUGACCUUAAUAACUGGACAUACUCAUGUCUUGUCAAAGCCUGUUAGCCAAAAAUUGUUGGCAAGCAGUUUGAUAUUGUAAAGACCUCAGAGACUCAGCUGAAAUAGCUUGAGAAAAUUGAGAACAGAUUUUACAACAUGUUUUACACAAAACUUGCAUUGAGAUGAUAAAUAUGUUGAGCUCGUUGUCAUUCCCAGGUUGUCAAAUACCCAACGCUUUGUCACGCCAAAGGCACAUUUUGGCAUCUUUAUGAGACGCGAUGGGCUUUCA